AUGUGGCGCGUCGUGCUCUUACUGGCUUUGAGCGCAAUAUCCAUAUUGUGCCAAUUUUUCGAUUGCCACGAUGAUCCCAGCUUCGAUCCAGAAGAAGGAACUCUCACAGACCUACAGUUUACGUGGUUGGGUGCAUUACAAUACAUACACGUGAAGAACGGUACACCGCACUACUUCAGGGUACCGCGAGUAGUGCUCAUCAGUCGACAAUUCGCUCUUUCUACUGCGAUAGAUGCCGCUCAUAUACCAGAGGGAUACGCUUUAGGUAACAUUGUGUUUGGUGAUUACGAAAGAGAUGAAGAAGAAUGUAAACUUACGAUACGAGAGAUAGCCGACGGCUACGAGUGCGAGCCGGCGGUCCUUCUCAUGCCGAUAGCUGACGUGUUACUUCACCCUGAGUUUAAGCACUUUGGUGUUAAGAGUAGUAUAGCUUUACUGAAACUAAUUACACCUGUAAAAUCGAAUGUUCCUAGAGAUUUCAUAGAUGAAGAGAAAGAAGUAACUAGAGUUAACAUACUGCCGCGGGAACUUUGCUACUUGUAUGACAAUCCGGAACCUUUUAAUACAUCUGAAAUUAGUGAUCGUAUCGCGUGUACGACGGGGUGUGGGUUCCAUUCCGGCUCGCCCAGUUUUGUACAUGAGCACACCGGCCACUGGUCUAUCAUAUCUUUGGCUCAGGGGGGUUCCCCGUGCCGGGACCCGCUGCGCAUGCGCCGCCCGCCGGCACCGCCUCGUCACAUACUCUUGUAUCCAUAUGUCGCUUGGAUAACUGCUGCUAUCACCGGAAAGGCUGUUGGUGCUUUCGCAAAAGAUGAUCCUUUUGGGUACGUGAUGCCUCGCGCCUCGCUGUACGACGUGCUUGGCCACCGCUGGGUGGGGCACUGGUGGGAGGGCGGCCUGCGGUGCUCCGACCGCGGGGAGGCUGCGGACGAUAUGUUCCGCUUCUAUCAUGAGGUCUUCCAGGUCAAGCCGGUCACUUUUACCACUUUGACUUAUUAUUUGGAGAUAAACGCGGCACACGACACACUCAUCAUCUGCGUCAAAGUAGGAAUGCCCUACCAAUUAGGACAGCCUAAAGUUUGGCAACUCGAUACUCCUGAAGUUAAGGUAAUUGUACCAGUAGUUACAUUCACUAAUCUCUACAAAUUUCAAGUAGAGGCUUGGGCGUACAAUUCGACUGAGUCGGAAACCUCUGAGCCGUCUUCCUCGUCUAUAGAAAGCGAAUCUGAGGAAAAGCCUUCAACACUAACGCAA